GAUAGUGGAACAGCUUUCAACUAUGAUAUUCGUUACACCACCGAUACCUCAGAUAAAUUACUAACAGAUUUUGAAUCCUGCACGAUGGUUAAAAAUGUAAUUCAAGGAAAUAUUACCAAUCCUUCAGUGGCUGGUACUGUGGAAACUAUCGUUGUUGAACCACCAAAUGUAUCAAUGAAAAAUAACAAAACAAUAAGGGUCAGCUACGCCAUCAAAGCUAGAGACGAGGCUGGAAACAGAGCUGAUGUAUCGAAUAUCGCUAUGAUUAAGUUUUACUACGUGCCUCCUGCGUUUGUUUCUCAGCAAAAUAACACAGGAUUAUACGUUGGAAUCGGAAUACUUGUGUUUGUACUUGUCGUAGGUGUGGGCGGGUUCCUUGCAUAUUGGUUUCACCGAAAGAAAAAAUUACACAAAGUCUCAAAAUCCAACAAGAUUAAAGAUGACAAUGCUAAAAUGGAGGCUGGGACAAAGAAGCAAUAUUCCAAAAACCCACAUGCUUAAUAAAUACAUUUCAGUAGUAAUACUUCACGCAAUAC